AUGACUACCUCGCCGUCUGAAGACUCUGGUACAUUGCAGCACCAAGUCAACGGAGCGAGUAGUGCCGAAAUUGAUCCAUCAAUUCCUAUUCGCGGACCUGAGCACAUCUCAUAUGAAGAAGGACCGUGGGCUAAUAAGACAAUCCUGUCAUUCGAUGGUGGUGGUGUUCGUGGCUACGCAAGUUUGCUUGUUCUUAAAGGCAUUAUGCUUCGGAUACGGGAACUAGAGCAUGGCCAUGAAGAUUACCGAGCCCCCAGUAGCGACUUCUACCGUUGGAAUGGGGUACCUGAGGAGAACAUCGCAGCAGACUACCCAGAGUCAGAUCGAGUUGAUAGGUAUCUUCCCUGCCACUACUUUGACUAUGUCGCCGGAACUUCAACAGGAGGUAUUGCCAUCUCAUGGUCAAUAAAGAAAGACGGCGGUGUUAGUAAAGAGUUUGUCUGGAGAAGUUACGACAAUGAGCCGAGUCCCAAGGAACCUAAGACUAAUCAGUGGAAUCCAUCCAAUGCGGGACCGGCUCAUACAACCGCCAUUUGGGAGGUUGCCCGUGCAACGACAGCUGCACCGGGUUACUUCGAGUCCAUCAAGAUAAUAGGAAGAAAAUUCCUUGAUGGUGGCAUGGCAGCCAAUAACCCCUCAUUAAUUGCCCUCAAGGAAAUCCAUAACCUUCACGGCUUGGUCCCAGACCUCUUCGUCAGUAUUGGAACAGGUUUGAAACCUUCCUCAGAUGAUCAGAAUGGUGAUGUACCCAGCGAAGCCAAUGGGCAUACCGCAGCUACAAGAAGAGAUACAAUCAGAGAUGGUGGUAGACGCAAACAGUUCGUGAAGAAAUACUGGGAGAUAGGCAAGUUUGUGAAGAGCUGGAUGGUCGACUGUGAGGGACCGGUUGGCACUGAAGGAUGGCGAGACCGCUGCAAUGCGAUCGACUUAACAGAUUCAUACAGACUCAACGUGAAAGGUGAUCUUCACACCAUACCCCUGGAUGACUGGCGUCCGUCAGACAGUGGAGAAAAAACACUCGGUUUUAUUGAAGAACAAACGAGGCAGUAUCUGGCUGAUCCCAGUGUUAUCGAGUGCAUCGACUCCAUCGCCAGCAAAGCGGUCGAAAUAAGACGUCGACGCGCCGCGACCGAACAGUGGGAGAGAUUUGCAGUGGAUGUGAUAUAUCGCUGCGAUGCUUGUGAGAAUAAGAAGUACGAGACCAGGGCGCAGUUGAGAGAACAUCUGCAAAAAGGAAUCGCGCACCUAGGGGAGAAGAUCGCUGAUGGGAAGCAGCUUGAGGAGAGACUCAACGAUUCUAGGUCUUUUAAGCCUAAGAGACCAGUUGAAACAAGGAGUUGA